UCAAUUGAUAGCCGUUAUCACUUCGGCAGCAGAUUAUAUCCACCCAGAAACCUCCGCGGCCGGGGACGAUGAGAAAAAGAAGCGGAGGUUUAUCUGCUUACAUAACCCCAGAUCCAUGAACGAUCCGCGAAAUUUCACGGCCAAAACCCAUCGACCGAUAACCAUCGCAACAGUGCUCGUGCUACCCAAUCCAAUUGAAACCCCCCGGAAAUUCAACUACCUGCACGCCUGGGUUUCCUAUCAGCGGACACAAAUGUCAAUCCACAUCCCACUCCGCCGCAGCGCGGUCAGCACCGCCCGAGUCCAGACAUCCACCACCUACAUCUGCUCGCAAUGCCGACAUGCCACACUCCUCCGGCGCCCCAAGCGCCCCUACACCUUCACGCAGCUCAUCACCCUCUCUGACGGCAGCACCUUCACACACCGCACCACCUCCCCGACACCCAUCUACCGCUCGACCCGAGACACGCGCAACUCGCUGCUCUGGAACCCGUCGUCCAGCAAGCUGAUGAACGUCGAGGAGGACGAAGCCGGUCGACUCGCUGCCUUCAGAGCCAAGUUUGGACGGAGCUGGGAUGCGAAUACGCCUGUUGAAGGAGAGACGGAUGCCAAGGCCGCUGCUAAGGGCAAGGAGGCGGCUGAUGCUGAUGCGGCUGCUGCUGCUGAGGCCGCGCUGGCAGAGGAGGAAGACGACAAUCUGCUUGACCUGAUUAGUUCGUUUGGACAGGAGAUGGAGCAGGAACCUCCGAAGAAGAAGAAAUAGGUUGAUCCUUUUGGGGCUGAGUGUGCGGUGGGUUUGAGUGUAUGAUACGCAACGGAGGUCGGAUGGCUUCAACGCAAUCUUCAUCUGGGAUUUUAUGGUGCGUUGACGGAGGAAGGCCGCCUUUGAUGUUGCACGGAGAGAUUCCUCUAUUUUCUUUUUGGCUCCACGGUUUUUGUUUACUCGUCUUGUCGGUUUUAUGGCCCAUAUACAUGUACAUCAUACCAUCUGAAGGGAUUUCAGCAUACUAUUGAAUUGGACCCUGAACAUGUCAUUUUUACCAGGGCUUGAAGGAGUCAGAUAUAGUUUACACGGAAGACAAUCAUAGUGAUAAUCCGA